UUUCACUAAGCUCGUGAAGAAGUUAAUUCUUAUUUAUUAUCGGAAAUUUAUUUCUGCUCUUGAAUCAAAAAUAAAAACGAACUUAUUUAUUAUUACUGAUCGAAGUAAAAGCUCGUCCAAAAGUUUUUUCGGGAAAUGGGGGGCAGGAAAAACAAUGACCGACUUUAUCAAAGAGCUGGAGGACAUUUAUAACCUUUUCACUCUCAAUGGUAUCCCCGUCGUCGUCACCAGCGCUGUUUUCUCCAGAAUUGCAAAGUUCAUCAGUCAUUAUAUUAUUAAAACUUUGACGUUGGGGUAUCAGUACUGCACGUGGAAUAAAAGUUUGCGUAUUCUGGAAAAUAUCGGAGUUCUUCGAGAAUGGUUUAAAGAAAAAAACUUUGAUAAAGGAGAAGACACUUCACUCGAUUCUGCUGUACAGGCCUUAACUUUAAUAAAAAAUGCUUCAAAACUUUCGGAUACAAGAAUUUUUCUUAAAGAAUUAAAUCCAUUGGAAAUAAGAAAAAUUCUAACCAAUUAUCACGGAGACUAUGGAGAAAAAAUAUCGCAACAAACAAUAUCUCAAAUUAUUGCCCAGUGUGAUCCCAACGAGACUGGUCUUAUUUUAAUGCCAGCAGAGGAAUUGUCACCACCUGAAAUAAGCGUUACAGACUUUUUUUUCCCACAAUACGAUAUUGUUGAUUUUGGACCGCUAAAGGAACUUGUCAUUUAG